GAUUGUUCUCGGAUAGAAGAAGACCUCAAGAAAUAUUAUCGUGGAAUAUUAAUAAUUUUUGGUUGUUCACUAUCUAAAUUUAGAAGUUUUUCAACUGUGUGAAUACGGCGUGGUGUUGCAGAUAGCGCUUCUGAGAGUAUAAGGAGGUCUGAUGGUCAUAUUUUGUUAUACAAUGUUGCAUAUAAUCGUGUAGCUUAUUAUUUACAGCAGUAAUUUUAAUUAUAUUUAGUGAAAGAACAUAAAAACAAAACAUGGAUAAUCGGAUUUUGUUGGAAGCUCUUAAUUGAUAAAAUUUUCCAGAAGUAAAAAUGAAAGCGGUUUGGGAAGAAUUUGCUGAGGAAACGACUUGCCAUGGUUGGAAAUACGUUGCCAAUAAGUCGAGUUCUACAUACAGCAGAUUAUUAUGGGCUGUGGUUGUGUUCAGUCUGAUCGGUGGUUUGGUUUAUACUUUAGUAACAAGUUAUAUCGCUUACACAAAACACAAAAUUUUAACUGUUACACGGACAGAAAAAAGGAACCAAUUAAAUUUCCCUGCUGUUACAAUAUGUAAUAAAGGCACAUAUGAUAAUAGCUCUGGCCAGAUCUCACAGGCCGAGGCGAACUUUUUUCUUCGGUAUUCCGAGCUUUACAAUCCGGCUACAUUCAAUUUCAAUAUAAGUGAACCGAUUUUGAAUUCUUCGAUAGCGGCCUUUCAGGCUAAAUCUUCAUUUGACUGGUCAGCGAUUAUACAUUGGGUAAACUUUCAUUAUCAGUUUUUGAAUCACACUGGCACAGAAAGAUUCGAGUUUCAGGAAAGCGGUAGUUUAGGACGAUGUAUGGUUAUUCACGGCCCGAAAUAUUUCAAGAAAUUCGGGGAUCCUGUUGUACAGAGCGUAGGAAGAAAAAGCGGAUUACAGUUACUUUUAAGCACUUUACAAGAUGGCUAUAUUGUUAAUAAUCAAGGAGAUGCUGGAUUUGAGGUUUUCAUUCACGAAUCACACACACCAGCACCUUUGAACAGUGGUGGGGGAAUACCCGUAUCCCCUGGCUUCAAUACACAUAUUGCAAUGAAGCCUGUGGAGUAUAAGUUUCUACCCAAGCCUUACAGAUCAUAUGGUGAUGUAUUUUGUGAAGAGACUAGUCCGGGCUACAGCCACACUGCAUGCGUGGAUGAGUGUAUUCAAAAUAUGACUGUCGAUACAUGUGGUUGUAAGACCAUGCUAGAAUAUGAUACACACCCUUCAGUGAAAAACUGUACAUUUAAAGAAACAUAUGAUUGUUAUCUUCAAAUAAUAAUUGCGAAUUACAUUGCUGCAGAAGCUGGGGAUAUAUGUAACUGUCCGAGACCGUGUAGAUUUAUAAAAUAUGAAAUACAGACUUCACAAUCAUCAUAUCCGUCAAAAGCCACUCACCAAUACCUUAGAGACGUAUUAAAUGUCAACACUACAUUAGAUGAUUUGAGGUAUGCUGGGUAAAUACGAGGAUAUUUUCGGAGUGGGGUUUGGUUGCCGAAUGGUCUAACAUGUGAGCUUUAGAUCGUAAGGCCUGUUAAUGAAUCAAAUGGUUGGGUUUCGAUUCCCCGAUCGUAUGUAACAAUGUUUCUCCAAAUCCUCUGACUUCUUUCCUAGAAAGACACCUACGAACAAGCGAAUAAUUGCAAUAAAAUUGAAUCGCAUGUUAGUCCCGUAAUGACACAGUUUGUGUCGACUGGACGUUAAAACCCAUUUCUGUCUUUCCUUCUAAAGAACUUUCAGCGAAUAAAACGUUUAAAAAUAUUAAUUAUAAAGCACAACCCAUCCCUUAAAAAUACUACUCGCCAACAGCCACAUGUAUUACUUGAUUUACUAUAUAUGAGUGUAUUAAUUAGUAUCGUGAUGCUUACUUUUCAUGGAACAUCUGAUACCAUUUCGUAUUUGAGGAGUGUAUUUGUUGUACUAAGUAAUGGCGAAGAACAAUGACAAGAUUACAACUGAUAAGCACAAAACACCGGAGUGAUCUUAACUGGCAUGUUUUCAGAACGUAGAGAGCACUAUUUUGUAUUUUGCACCAUCUUCAAUAGAAGGCUUGAUCUCGCUUUAAAUCGGUACACCUUAUCUAUGCCUUCACGUAAUACCCUGAAUAUUUCGGCAUUAAUUUCGAUUGGGUAUUGAUCCAGCAUAUUUCGGCAUUAAUUUCGAUUGGGUACUGACACAGCGUGGGAGCCUAUCGGAUUCCUCGAUCAUCGUUAAUACCAAGUCUCGAGUUGCAAAUUUCAAGGUUAGUUCAAUGUCAAGGUUUCCGCUAAGGUCGCCAUGUUUGGUUUAUGUGUGUUUGUGUCUCAACCUCUGAUUGGACGCUACUGUGGUACGCGGGUCUGUGGUAAAGGCAGAUAGCGUAGCUAUAAGUUCGGGAAUUGCAAAGCAUGUAGCAACAUCUAUUGUAAAACUCGCGGUCGUUGCUUCAGGAACAUGAUUUUCUAGAAACUUCCUUCGGAUUUCAGUGAUCCAGGACGAAGGACCUGACACGCAACGGUCGUAUAGUCGUUUGUACGGGACGAAAAUCGAGGUCCAUUUACUCAUUGGUGUGCACGUAAAGGAACCCUUGACAUUUGUAAUUUGAAGUAAUCAUAGCACAGUACAAGACGUAUACCUGUACAAGACGUAUGCGUAUGAAGCACUGUUGGGAACAUAAAAGUAUGACUUGAAAUUCCAUUUAAUUUCAUUAACUAUAGACAAUAUAAUCUUAUUUAUUUUUUUAUUAUUGGGGGGGUUGGAUGGCUGAAUGGUUAGCGUGCGCGCGCUGUAUCAUAAAGUCUGUCAUUGAGUCGACUGGCGUGGUUUCGAAUCCCCGGUUGUACGUGACAAGGAGUAGGGUCGCCUGUCCAAUCUCGUGGGUUUUCUCCGGGUCCUCCGGUUUCCUCCCACUGCUAAAGACCCCUACGCGCAAGCGAACUAUGUAAAUAAAAUUAAACCAUAUGUUAGUCCCGAAAUGACCUAGUUUGUGUCGAGUGGACGUUAAACCCCAUUUCU